AUGGGCAUGGGGAUCUGCCAGCGAGCAAUCUCCACCGCCGCCCCCUAUGCACAGAGGCCACACACGCGCCAGCGGCGGGCGGCUCGUGUUUCACAUAAGGCGCCGAGCUUGCGCUUGUCGCUGUCGCUUCUCCAGUCACCACUCUCUGCACUGCACUCACUCCCUCCUCGCGUACUUCUCGAUAUGGAGAAGGCGGCAUCCUUCCUCUCCUCCAUCCUCGGCACUGGCGGCGGCGAGGAGGAGGGGCCGUCGGGGGAGCCGGCGGCGACAUUGGCGUCCAUCCUCAUAUACCCCGUCAAGUCCUUCAAGGGCGUCUCCGUGCCGCAGGCCCCCGUCACCGCCACCGGGUUCAGGUGGGACCAGAAGUGGUUGGUGGUGAACGCCAAGGGCAGGGCGCUCAUGCAGCGGGUGGAGCCCAAGAUGGCGCUGGUCGAGGUGGAGUUGCCGCCAGCCGCCUUUGACGAGGACUGGCAGCCCGCCCCCGACUCCUGCCUGGCUCGGAGCUCUGGCACGCCUGCACCGGCCCGCUCGUCUGCCUGCCGCAGCGCGGGAGCCUCGUCUACUACUUCCCACAGGGCCACACUGAGCAGGUCGCGGCCACCACCAACCAAGAAGACACCCAACUCCCGCAUCCCCAACUACCCGAGCCUGCCGUCGCAGCUGCUAUGCCAAGUCCACAACAUCACCAUGCAUGCUGACAAGGAUACCGAUGAGGUGUAUGCACAGAUGACGCUGCAACCAGUAAACUCUGAAACCGAUGUGUUCCCGAUCCAGCCUCUCGGCAGCUAUGCCAAGAGUAAGCACCCGGUCGAGUAUUUCUGCAAGAACUUGACCGCGAGCGAUAUGAGCACGCACGGCGGGUUCUCGGUGCCUCGAAAAGCCGCAGGGAAGCUGUUCCCACAGCUGGAUUACUCGAUGCAGCCUCCUAACCUGGAGCUUAUCGUGCAAGAUUUGCAUGACAACAUGUGGAUAUUUCAUCACAUUUAUCGUGGUAGGGUCGAAUGCUGCUUGACUUGCUUCUAA